CCAGUUCAUGGAAGGCCAAGAUGCCCGUCACACGCGACGUCCUUCGAAACUUCGGCCGUUCCGCCAGGACAACCCUGCUGGCUGACACCGCAACUUCUGCAGCAGUGAGGGCGAAGGUCGAGGACUUCAGGGCCGGCGAGAAGUGGGCAAAGAACUUCGUGAAGCGCAACAACAUCCACAGCGUGCGACUUCAUGGCGAGGCUGGUAGCGUCAACAUGGCGGCUAUCAAGGAGGGCAUGGACGAAGUCAGGGCCCUUUGCGCGAAGUACCCGGCUAGGUUCAUCUUCAACGUCGACGAGACAGGCCUCCAGUGGAAGCUCCUGCCCAGGCGCACGUACCUUUCCACCUCGGAGGAUCGGAAGACGGCGCGGGGUUCAAAGAGCAUGUACUUCAAGGACCGACUGUCUGCCUUCAUGUGCUGCAACGCCGACGGCACUGCGAAGGUUGACAUGGCCAUCAUCGGGAGGGCAAAGGAACCCCGCUGCUUCAAGAGCGCGCCUUCACCUCUCAAGUACUACUCGCAAACCAACGCGUGGUCCGACUCUGCGACGUUCCUCAAGUGGUGGCUUCAAGUCUUCCUCCCGUUCGUUCGGCGCUUCACUCACGAACCUGUGCUGCUGCUGAUGGACGGCUGUGCCUCUCACGGUGAUCUCGUGGAUGACCGGGGGCAAGUGACCGUCAAGUUCUACCCUCCGAAGUGCACCUCCGUACACCAGCCCAUGGAUCUGGGGAUCAUUGCCAAGACGAAAGUGGUCUUCAGGAAGGAGUUGCUCGACGUGAAGACAUCAACUAUGUUGGUGGCUGACACACUUCGCGCCCAGGCGAAAGCCCGCAAGAUGAAGGCCGGGACAAUGGGGCUGGCGCAAGGGCACCAACCUCAUCUGCGGGACGCCGCAGAACUUCUCAAGAAAGCAUGGGCCAGCAUCACCGCCCAGGAUAUCGCCAGGUGCUUUGUCAAGGCCGACACGCUUCCGUCAGAGAUGGCGGCUGAGCUCACCACACAACACGGAAAGACCCGGUUCAGCAUCGCCGAGCCUGACCUGAAGGCUCUCACGGAGACCGUCAACAAGUUGAGCACGAGCGUCGGCGAAGCGCAAAAGCAAGGAGCCGGCAUCGUAGACGAGGAAAUCAGCGAGCUCUUCGCAGAACUCGACAUCGAACCCGGAAAGCCGGUCGAGGAAGAAGCGGUGAGCGCGAUUCGGGGGUGGGCUACCAUCGAGGACGACGAGGAGGUGACGGAGGCUCUUCGACUGGACGCAGCGGACGAAAUGGCGGAACUGCUGGCUGGAAUGCAAGUGACUACCGGCGGUGAUGAGGAGGACGAAGUGGAGGGCAGUGACGAUGACAACUCGGGGCCCGAGCGCCGUGCUCCACCCGAUUAUACUGAGCUGUCGCCUCACUUCAGCGUCCUGGAAGCGGCAGCAGAUGAGAGUGGCAACGCAGACGCGGCGUUCUUCCUAACGAAAGCGAAGAUGGCGAUGAUUGCAGCGCAUUCCGCUAGGCGGGUGCGCCAGGCAGACAUGAGAGAGUUUGUUGCUGGUACAGAGUAA